UCCUCAACACACGAGACUCCCGAACGGUCGGAAACGGCGUCGUGCUCACGGCGUCAGAAACAGGAGGGAAAUCAAAUUGCUUUUGAAAGCAAUUCACUUUCGCCGCUAAUUUUCUCAUUCUCUGCCAUCUCAGUUCACUCAGUUUACUCCCCCUCCUCUCCUCCAAACUCAGGCCUGAGUCUGCCCUAAGGUCGUCUUUAGGGCGAAACUUAUGCGAAAUCCGGGACUUGAUACAGUCUCAGUUUAAGGGCAUAUUGUAUUUUACCUAAGAAUGGAGGUCUACUUCAAUUAAUCAUAGGACGUGCUUUGAUUGGUAAGAAAGCUGCAAUUGUGGUUUUCGAAGCCAAGGCAUGGCAAAAGUUGUUGCUCCAAGUUCGUUACUCCAUCGCUCUCAUCUAAUUGGCUCAGGGCCUCGAAAUAGUGAUACAAUAAUGAAAAGAAAGACGCCAUCAGAAUUGAGGGGAGAACAGUUGCAGCGGGCUAGUGCUGUGACUGUGGACCUUACAGAUGAAUCUCCGUUGCCUUUGAGCAGUACUUCAAAUGACGUGGAUAAUGGGCUUAAAAGGCCAGGGCUAUCAAGGAAUUCAAAAUUCAUUGAUACACGCGUUGAUGAUGUAUUUCCUGCCAAAAAGUCCAGGUUUAGAAUGACUUCUGGAAAAGAAAACGCAAAGGAAAAUACAUCUACGGAGAAAACUAGCACCCUGAAGAAUCCCUAUGUUCUUACUAAUUUGACUACCACAAAACAGCAAGGGAUAUCAUGCUUAGAGAAUACUGUUGCUUCUAGUGAAGUAAGCAAAGAUAGUACAUUGCAGUCUGGUCAUACAAUCGAAAAGUGCAGCCAAGGAAAGUUCCUCACUGUAACUGAGCUUUCAUCAUCUGCUGAUAGAUCUUCAGGCUUGGCAGCUAUUGACAUGGGUAAUGCAUUAAGAGGACUAGCUGCCCCAGAACUAAAUGUGGGUUGUGGUUUAGCUGCUAAUUCAUCUAAAAGACUUGGAGAUAGUGCAUCAACCACUGUGGGCAAUUUUAUCAAUGAGUGCCAUGUACCUGGCCAUAAGGCUCCUCUGGAUCUUACACUAAAAACUAGUAUGCGUGUUGUAUCUUCUUCUGUGAAUUGGAUUCAGAGGUCAUUUAUGCGCCGAACCAUGCCUCAUUUCACCUUCAAACAUGGCACUUUCAAGGGUCAAAAUAUGAGGGGUCAUUCACAUCUCACAUCUAAUUCUGAUGACUUUGAAGUUUUGCAUUCAUGGACGUAUCCUCAAUCCAUCCUCCCACCUUCUGUCAUAUCAGUGUUGAGCUCAUCAACAGCUGAUGGAGUAGAAUUGGAUUUCUUAAAUAAACGGCAGAUACAUUGGGAAGAAUCUUUCCGGAAUCUCUAUUACAUGCUUCGUAAUAAUACAUGUGGCAUCUUUUAUGUUUGCACUUCUCAGUUUGUGGUGAUGUUCACCGGCAGUGAUGGUUCUGAUAGAUCCAUAUCCUCUUGCAAUGCUUAUAUCUCUCAGUCAACUAGAGGCUUGAGAUCAUUAUUAAGAGAGCAUGAUGUUUCUUUCUCUAUGCCUCUUUGCCAUUCUAAAGUGGAGCAGAUUGCUACUGAACACCUGGUUGAGCUAUCAGAAAUAGAAAGGCAUAAUCUAGGGCAGACUCGAAGAAUGAGAUCCUUCUCUGAUGUUGACAAUACCCCAGAAUCUUUACUGGUUUUCAGUGGCAACAUGAAUGUACACGGUUUAUAUGACCUUUUACUAAAUUACAGAUCUUUCUUUACCUCACUAUCUGCUAUGGAUGUCCCUGUAUUAUGUUCUCCUGUUCCGUUUCAAAAUGCUGCCAUUUCUUCUCCUGAUAUUAAAUGCAUGGAGAUGAAACGGGCUGAACAAAUUGCUGCCUCCUAUGAUGAAUCAUAUAGGAGAGAUGCUGAAAUUACCCAAGGUUCAUCAGAUGGCCUUUGUUGUAGUAUUGAAAUCAAAGAUACGAUUCUUCCACCAUGGAUUAUUUCUGGUAUAUGUUCAUUGAUGAGUUCUGAAGGAAGAAAAUUUGAGGCAAGUUUUGUGACAGAACCGAGCUCAAUUGGCUUGAAUGUUGCUUUGAAUUCAACUUGUGAGAAAUCAGGUUCUAAAGCUGCAGGUGGUGGAAGCUUGCAAAACUGCAAUGAUACAUUUGGCAUUCCUGGAGCCAUAGUCAUCUCUGGCUUGCAGCCAUGCUCGCUAAAGGGCCUAAAGUACUCUGAUGAUUCUUAUACAGCUUCUCUAUCGCCUGUAUAAUUUUAUCCUCUACAAAUAAUUCUGGUUUCCAUCACGGUGCUGACUAAUUAUUUCAAACCUUACAGUUUCGGAGUUUCUUCCCAGGUAAAAAAAAAUUCCCAUGCAUUUUUCAUAUCUACCUUCGAAGAACAGGUUGUAACAAGAAUGUGUAAUAUGUCAAACCAAUUGUAAUUUUUGCAAGCAUAUCCUUAUUUGGUGGUGAUCCGCUUAAACUCUAGGAAUGCACAGCAUGUGUAAUAUUUGGAUUUGAACCAUAGCAGAAUGUUGACCAUUUUCCCCCAUUUUCAA